GAUCCAGAGCCCCUCCCUUACCUGCAGCACCCGGACCCCUUCACCUUCAACAUUAACCUGUCUGUGUCACUUAAAGGACAGGAAAUGGCAGAUGCAGCAACCAUCUGCAAGACAAACUUUAAGUACAUGUACUGGACCAUGAAGCAGCAGCUCACCCAUCACACAGUGAACGGGUGCAACGUGAGACCAGGGGACCUGCUGGCCUCGGGGACCAUCAGUGGACCUGAUCCAGAGAGCUUUGGCUCCAUGCUGGAGCUGUCAUGGAGGGGCUCUAAGAACAUUGAUCUGGGGGGAGGAGAAACCAGAACUUUCCUGAGGGAUGGAGAUCAAGUCACCAUCAAAGGUCAGACUCAGCCUUCAGCACGGAUAACAA